AUGGAGGAACAGGUGGUUUCCGCCAUCCUCAUCAGCUAUGACCCCGCCGCAAACCAAGCCCUCAAACGACAGGCCUUCGACUAUGUUACGCAACUAAGACAAGAGCCAUCAGCGUGGCAGCCAUGCUUAAACAUAUUCGUCCAAGAGCCUCGUCCUGCAGAAGUCGUCCGAGUCUUCUGCCUAGAAAUAGUGAACAAUGCCGUCCAGGCGGGCUUGGUCGACCAACAGGGCCUCGCAGUCGUGAAAGAGCAGAUCCUGUCGUUCCUACAACGGACGCAUGGUCCAGGAACAGGCCCAACGACCAUCGAUACCCCUUCGACGGAAAAUAAACUCGCCUCGACUAUUACAUACCUCUUCUGCUCGUUCUACGCCUCAGGCUGGGAGUCGUGCUUUGACGAUCUUCUCGCUCUCACAUCCACCCAAGCUGGGCAACGAGACAAUGUCAAUGGCGUUAUCUUCUACCUUCGCGUGGUUAAUGCCAUCCACGAUGAGAUUGGUGACGUCCUUCUUUCACGUUCAAGGCCAGAGCAGGACAAAGCCAAUUCUCUGAAGGACCUGAUCCGCGAGCGGGACGUCCAAAAGAUUGCUUCGUCGUGGCAAGAGAUCUUGAGCCAAUGGAGAAGCAACAACGACCUCGUCGCCGAGUUGUGCCUCAAAGCCAUUGGCAAGUGGGUUAGCUGGAUCGACAUCUCCCUCAUCGUCAAUCCACCCAUGCUCGAGAUCUUGUUUCAACAGCUAGAACGAGCCCAACAGCUCGGCCUUGCCAUCGGGUCCGAGAAAGCGAGAGAUUCCGCAGUGGAUGUAUUCACCGAGACCGUCAGCAAGAAAAUGCAGCCCGGAGACAAGAUGAAUCUGAUGACCUUUCUCAACCUUGACACGGUGGUCUCACAGCUCAUUUCCUGCCCACCGCUGGCCGCCAGCCGAGGUAGCUCUAACUACGAUGUAGAUCUCGCCGAAACUGUUGCCAAGCUGGUCAACGCGGCCGUGGUAGACAUUGUGAAGAUACUGGAGAACGAGAACAGCAGCUCAGAGACAUGGGCCAAAGCCGAACGAAUGCUUAGCUCAUUCUUGCCCCACCUUCUUCGCUUCUUUUCAGACGAGUAUGAUGAAGUGUGCUCAACAGUGCUCAAUGGAAUGAACGACGUGCUUACGUUCUUGCGGCGAGCGAGUCAGGGACAGCCUCCGUCAUCUCAAAGGGCGGUCAUGCUGCUUCCCAUCCUCAAGGCCAUCUUCAACAAGAUGCGAUACGAUGAGACAGCCUCUUGGGGCGACGAUGAUGAGAAGACCGACGAAGCCGAAUUUCAAGACCUGCGCAAACGGCUUGCAUCAUUACAGCAAUCAAUUGCGGCUUCUGAUGAAGGACUAUACAUUGACGCCAUCUCUGCUCUCGUUCACGAUACACUGGAAAAACUCCGCACAGCAGGCGGUCAGCUCAACUGGCGAGACCUUGACCUUGCCCUGUACGAAGUCUAUCUUAUGGGAGACUUGGCCGGCAAAGGCGGUGGUUUGUACCAGAAGAACAAACCAAAUUCCCCUGCCGCGGAGAAGUUGGACCAGAUGAUGCUCAUGAUGGUGCAGUCUAAUACUGGUUCCUUUGGACACCCUGCCAUCCAACUACAGUACAUGGAGAUUUGCGUCCGGUACUCUCCUUUCUUCGAGCACCACACGGAGUACGUGCAAGGUGCGCUGCAGAACUUUUUGCAGCUUGCUCACCAUUCGAGCUCGAAAGUCCGGACUCGAUCUUGGUAUUUGUUGCAAAGAUUUGUUCGCCAGCUACGAGCUCACCUGGCCGAUGCUGCGGAAGCCGUUGUGCAAAAUCUGCGCGACCUGCUUGUCAUACGAGCAGAGCUUCCGGACGAGGACGAUGACGAUGACGGAAUGUCGUCAGACGGCGAGUCUGCUGCAGAUGCAACGUUUACAAGCCAGCUCUACCUUUUCGAGGGUGUUGGCUGCAUCGCUGGUGCACAGAAUGUGCCGUCCGAUAAGCAGGCACAGCUAGUUCGUGCAGUGAUCGAACCGCUUUUCAUCGACAUUCAACAGAACCUUGAGCGUGGCAAGAGCGGCAAUGAGCAGGCGGUGCUUCAAAUUCAUCACGAUAUCAUGGCUUUGGGGACCUUGGCGCGAGGAUUUUCUGACUGGGUUCCGGGUUCCUCUGGACCCGAGCCCAACGCAGAGGUCAAGCAGGCAUUUUCACAAGUUUGUGAAGCAACUCUGCUUGCGUUGGAAUCGUUGAAAGCAUCAUCACAGAUCAGGACUGCUGCUCGCUUCGCGUUCCCGAGACUGAUUGGCAUGGUGGGCUCACAGAUGGUGCAGCAACUCCCCCAAUGGGUCGAUGGGCUUCUUGCCGACUCUUCCUCCCGAGAUGAGAUGGCGUUGUUCCUUCGGCUGCUGGACCAAUUGAUUUACAGCUUCAAGACAGAGAUCUACAGCUUUCUCGACAGCAUGUUCACAGGGCUUUUGCAGAGAAUCUUUGCGGGCAUCUCUGCCGCAACUUUGGGCACGGAUGACGAAGUCGAGCUUGCCGAGCUGAAGCGCGAGUAUCUGAAUUUCCUGGUAGUGAUUCUGGGCAACGACCUCGGUUCCGUGCUCGUCAGCGAGACGAAUCAGCCGAUGUUCGAGACGAUCAUCGGCACCCUCGAGCACUUCUCGAAAGAUGUCGAUGACUAUCCUACGGCAAAGAUGGCGUUCCAGGUGAUGUCGAAGAUGUGCGUUACAUGGGGUGGACCAGAUGUCAUAGGAGUAGGAGGCCAGCCCAACGGAAAUGCCGCACAGCCGGCGAUGGCUGGCUUCGACCAAUUUAUGAUCAGCCGGUUCUCGCCAUUGUCAUGGGCCAUGGCGUCCAAUUCAAACUUCUCCAGGCAGGAUGCCACAGCGAGGCAGGUGCUGCAGGAAGCCGCGGGUCUACAGAAAACACUGUACCAAAAGAACGGACAGAACUACAUUUCAUGGUUACGGGACAACGAAUUGCGCAGCAUGGGCAUGAGCGAUACCAUGAUCGACGAGUUCCUCGGAACCCUGUCGUCGGCGGAGAUGAAGCAAUACAAGACCUUUUUUGCAAGAUUUGUUGCACAGGCAGGAGGAUAG